CAUUAAUCAAUUUAUUUUGCUACCAGCGCAAUAGCAACUUGUCUAUGAACGAGUGUAUACCUACGUUGUGAUUAAUUUAAAGGUGUUAUUAUUUUAUUAUAAAUGUUUUUAAAUAAUUAAUAAAUUAAUGAAUGCAGCGAAAAUAAACAAAAUGAAUCGACUAUCGUAUUUCCUCCUGUGCUACCUAUUUGUUAUAAUUAAUUCCUACCGACUGCCAACAAGCGUACUCCCGACAAACUACAAACUCCAAAUCCUCUCUCACCUUGGCGGCCCCAACAAUUUCGACUUUGAAGGAAAAGUCACAAUUCAGCUAACUUGCCAUGAACCGACGCAUAAUAUCACCCUACAUGCGAGCAAUCUGACAAUUCUGGACGACCAAGUUACUGUGAGAGACGUUUCCAGUUCGAAACCCAAAUCGCUCAAAGUCAAAAUUGUGGAACUCGAUCCUGCGAACGAAUUUCUCAUUGUCAGUUUAGAGGAGCAGCUCCAGAAAGACCACAAUUACGAACUCUUCGUCCCCUUUAAAGCUGUGCUGGACGAUGGGCUCAAAGGCUUUUACAGAAGUAGUUACACUGAUGAAAAAACCAAAGAGAAGAGGUGGCUCGGGGUCACACAGUUUGAGGCGAUCAGUGCAAGAAGGGCCUUCCCUUGUUUCGACGAACCUGGAAUGAAGGCCACUUUCGACAUCACUUUAGGGCGGAGAGCGCACUUGAACUCAAUCAGCAACAUGCCACUGAUUGAGUCACAACCAAUCAAGGAGAAAGAGGGCUACUUUUGGGACAAAUACGAGCCUUCGGUCCCCAUGUCAACCUACUUGGUUGCAUUCAUGAUCUCCGAUUUCGGCCAUAAAACGUCGGAACCAUCACAGAAAAACAACGUAACGUUCAAAAUUUGGGCCAAGAAAGACUCUUUAGACCAAGUGGAUUAUGCUCGUGAAGUGGGCCCUAAAGUUUUGGAAUACUAUGAAGACUUCUUCGACAUUAAGUACCCUCUGCCUAAGCAAGACAUGGUCGCAAUCCCCGAUUUUAGCGCUGGGGCUAUGGAAAAUUGGGGUUUGAUCACUUAUCGUGAAGCUCUCCUCUUGUUCGACCCCAAAGUCACUUCCUUAACCAACCAACAACGAAUUGCAAAUGUAAUAGCCCACGAAUUGGCCCACCAGUGGUUCGGCAAUUUGGUCACAAUGAAAUGGUGGACGGAUUUAUGGCUAAAUGAAGGUUUUGCCACGUAUAUGGCAAGUCGCGCCACUGAACACUUGUACCCCGAAUGGAAAUCGUUUGAAGACGAUGCGGUUAACAACAUUUUGAGUGUCUUUUCCUUCGAUUCGCUACGAACCUCACAUCCAGUCUCCGUUCCAAUCGGCCAUCCAAACCAAAUCGACGAAAUCUUCGAUACGAUUUCGUACAAGAAAGGGUCGUUUUUGAUCAGGAUGAUGUCACUGUUUCUGGGAGAUGAGACGUUGCGAAAAGGUGUCAGCAACUAUCUAAAGAAACACAAGUAUGCAAAUGCCGAACAGGACGAUCUUUGGGAAUCACUGACUGAAGAAGCGCACAAAAACGGAGCACUUCCCAAAAAUUUGACGGUGAAAACAGUAAUGGACACGUGGACUGUCCAGACUGGUUACCCCGUCAUUAAAGUCACUCGAGACUAUGGUAAAAACACAGCUGAUGUCACACAGGAACGGUUUUUGAAAGAUGAGAUUCGGCAAAAGUCGGAAAGUGGGUGUUGGUGGAUUCCCCUGACUUACACCGAUGCCAAAGAACGUGCUUUCGAUUCAACGAAACCAAAAAUGUGGUUGUCGUGUGAUAAAAAUGUUACCACAAUCGGGAAUUUACCAGGAAAAGAGACGUGGGUUUUGUUCAACAUGAAACUUUCCGGUCUAUACAAGGUUAAUUACGACGAGCAUAAUUGGAAGAUGUUAACGGAUACUUUGAACAGUGCAAAUCAUCAUGAAAUCCCACUUUUGAACAAGGUGCAACUGAUUGACGAUUCGUUCGAUUUGGGGUGGACUGGAAACAUCAAAUACAAUGUAGUUUUCGACUUGUUGGCUUAUCUUAAAUCAGAAGAGGCGUACUUGCCGUGGAAAACAGCUUUGACCAAUAUUAACACCCUGAAUCGUCAACUUAAGAAAAGUGUGAUUUAUGGCGAUUUCAAGAACUACAUGAAACAGUUAAUCCACCCGAUUUACGAGAAAAUUGGAGGUCUCAAUGUGCCAGAAACCAAAUCAGGUCAGCUCGAUGCGGUCAAGCACCAAGUUUUGGUUGAUAGAUGGGCUUGUAAAUACGACGUUGCUAACUGUGUUGCUGAUGCGACGGAUUUGUUCCGCAAAUAUCAGAAAAAUCCGGAGGACAAGCACAUAAUCUCCAAGGAAAUGAGGAGUGUCGUUUUUUGCACCGCUAUUAGGAAUGGGGGCGAGAAAGAGUGGGACUUUUUGUGGCAACAGUACAAGAAGUCGAAUCUCGCGUCUGAGCAAAGUACCAUUUUGAGUGCUUUGGGUUGUACGCGAGAGCUUUGGCUGUUGAAUCGGUUUCUGGAGUGGUCGAUUACGCCAAAUUCGGGGAUCAGGAAACAGGAUAGUUCGUCAGUGUUCAGUGCCGUUGCCGGGAAUAAUGUUGGUUAUUACGUGGCCAAGCAUUUCUUAAACACUAGGAUUAAGGAUAUUUAUAAUUAUUUGUCGCAAAAUGGGCGAAGGUUGUCGCGGUAUUUAACGGCGAUUGCUUCACAAACAACGGCAGAAAGUGACUAUAAAGAGUUACAAAACUUCGUUAAAGACAACCAAGUGUACCUUAAGGAAAUAAAACACGGAGUGGAGCAAAGUUUGGAGACGGCGAAAUUGAACGUCCAGUGGCAGCACAAACACUUUGAGGAGAUUGCGACUUUGUUCAAAAAGUACGGGCAAGAAAAGACAGUUUGAAAACAAAGAUUUAUUAACUAAUUAACUCUUUUUAAAUACAGUUAUCCUACAAAAAAUAUACUUUAUAAAACAUGUACUUAAGAAAGCAGCUUACUUUGAUUGAGUUGUUAAUCGAAUGUAUUUGAAAUUAAAGAAAAACCGUUCAAUGUUUGUUCUUUGUAAAUAAAGGAAUGGUGUAAUGUUGAGGACCCCUUA